AUGCUGCCUUUCUGGAUUCCUGGGGCUUGCCGCCCGCUGGCCGCCACUCUGUGGGGAGAGCAUAUUCAAGACCAGCUUACCUACGUAAACUCUAGCGUUGAUCUUCAGCGCUUGGCCGAGGACAAGCCGGACUUCCAGACGUAUUUUAAGGACCAGGUGAUAACCAAGGACUUUGCCAGUUCGAUUCUGGACGUCGAUACCAAUCAUGUAUACAGCAUCGCGAUCCUGUUGGUGGCAGACUAUCUCUAUUACCACGACUGGCGGCCCACCUGGGACGACAAAAACAGCAAUAACGCCUUGGUCGACGAAGAUCGGCCCUCCUAUCAAAUCCUUAGCGCUUGGGCCAUGUAUCAUUGGGAAACGGAACCCGACCCCGACGAUGCGUUCAUCAACACGCUCAUGGCCCUGGGGGGGCAACGUGCGACGGCGCUGCUGCUCCCCUCGCUGGACCCCCAACUGCCGUCAGCAGCGAUGCAGGCAUUCUUCGAGAAGGUAGUGCAGACGACCGACAACAAAAAGUACAAGCGCGAUAUCGGUGACGGUCUCGACCGGUGGAUGGAUAUUAGCGGCAUGGCAGACGGCUGGACCUCGUUUGCGGAGAGGCUGUAUUCGGCUUUCAGCGAGGAGAUGGGCCCGGAGUAUGAGCGUGCAAUGCAAACCGCGGUGAAGAAAGGAAAGUAUUACAAAAUCCACAAAUGGUGUGAAGAUGCCCUCAAUGCUUUUACAUUUAACCUGCCUUUGUUGUUACCAGACACGGCUGUCGAGAUUGGGUCUGACCAGCGGUCAAUAUCAGUCGAAAGGCUUUAUGCGAAAAACCCGAAAUGUGUGGCUAUGGCUGAAACUUUCUAG